CUCGACUGUUUGCCACAACAACUACAAGCUGACUUGUGCCCGUGAGCUAGUUUGGACGUGAUGGACACCCCAGAGGACUGCAAGAUGACCACAGGCUUCCACCAAAAGGUUUUUGUCAACAGGAAUCUGACAUUGGAAAAUAUCACUUGCUAUGGCUUUGACAUGGACUACACGCUCGCUAUGUACAUCUCUCCGGACUACGAGAGCCUGGGCUUUGAGCUUCUGAGGGACAGAAUGGUGUCGGUGGGCUACCCUCAUGAGGUCCUGCGCUACACCUAUGAUCCCAGUUUCUCUACCAGGGGUCUGGUGAUGGACACCACCUACGGGAACCUUCUGAAGGUGGACUCCAACGGGAACAUUCUGGUGUGCAGUCACGGCUUCACUUUCCUCAAAGGAGAGGAGAUCAAUCGAUAUUAUCCCAACAACUUCAUUCGGAGGGACGACACAGACCGUUUCUACGUACUCAACACAUUGUUCAACCUUUCAGAGACAUAUCUUUAUUCUUGCCUUGUGGACUUCUUCACCAACUGUAACAGAUACAAAAACGUGCUGAAAGGUCAUCACCAUGGCGACCUGUUCAUGUCGUACAGAAGUAUGUUCCAGGAUGUGAGAGACGCCAUGGAUUUCAUUCACGACACGGGAGUCCUAAAGGAGCAGACCCUCAAGAACCUGGACAAGUACGUCAACAAAGACCCAAACAUUGUUGUGUUGCUGAGUCGAAUCAAAGACGUGGCCAUGGUCUUCCUGGCCACCAACAGCGACUACAUGUACACCGAGGCCAUCAUGAAAUACCUGCUAGAAAGUCCCACCAAGUGUGGAGGUCCCAAAAAGCCCUGGCGCUCCUUCUUCGACCUGGUGGUGGUGGACACCAGGAAGCCUCUGUUCUUCGCAGAGGGGACGGUGCUGAGACAAGUGGACACGGACACGGGCAAACUGCGUAUUGGCACCUACACCGGCGCCCUGCAGCACGGAACCGUGUACUCUGGAGGAUCGUCGGACCUCGUGUGCGACCUGCUGGGCGUGAGAGGGAAAGACAUCCUCUACGUCGGAGAUCACAUCUUCGGAGACAUCCUCAAGUCGAAGAAACGGCAGGGCUGGAAAACCUUCUUGGUGAUCCCAGAACUCACCAAGGAACUCAGCGUGUGGGAAGAGAAGAAGAAUUUCUUUGAAGAGCUGAAGGGUCUCGACGUCUUCCUAGCUGACCUGUACAAGCACCUGGACAGCAGCGGCAGGACUGCUCAUGACAUUCCCACCAUUCAGUCCAAACUGAAGAUGCUAACGCUAAGGAUGGACAUGUCCUACUGCCAGAUGGGAAGUGUUCUUCGUAGCGGCUCCAGACAGACAUUGUUUGCAAGUCAGCUGAUGCGUUAUGCUGACCUUUACUCUUCUAGCUGCCUCAACCUGCUGCAUUACUCCUUGGAUUUCUUCUUCAUGGCUCCUCCAGUGCUGAUGCCUCAUGAGGCCUCAGCGCUCAACUCUGUGGACUUUCCUCCCAAGAAGAUCAGCAACUGAGAACAGGCGCACAGCGAUGAAGACAAGCGUGCCGCAUGAGAAAGACAUAAAGAUGGGUCUAAAGUGGUUUUACCUGCUGAAUGUUGAAGAAUUGUUUAAUGGCAGCCAUGAUAGACACAACUCAACCUUUUGCUCUCCCUGCUGGAUUAAAGCUGCUAUGCACCCUUGAACCAAUAAAUAUGUU